UUCGCGAAAAACACUUAUUUUCUCAAAAACCUCAAAAAUAUUUUCGGCCAAAACCGUAAAAAUGUUAUUUUUCCGCCGAAACGUAAAAAAUUAUAUUUUAAUCAUUUUAUUAACAAGUCCACCUAGAUGCAGAUGGAAGUUAAAAAAUGAAAAGCAAACGAACAUAGUUGCAUUCAGAUGAUUCAUUUGGAUGCAUGGACAAAAUGAAGAAACAAACAACACCCAGAUGGAGCAUCUGGAUAAGACAUCUAGAUGGACCAUCUGGAUGCAUCUUCCAGAUGUACAAACGAACAGGGCCAUGCUUUUUCCAACUUGUAUGAAGCAAUAAAAAAAAGUUUCGCCUUAUUAUAUUGUCUGAUACACAUAAUGACAUAAUUGUACAGACAUGAAAGAGUCCAAUAAAAGUGCGAUGUUCCAAAUAAUCAAGAGCUGUUACAAAUUAAGAGUUUUGAUUGUAAGUGACUUGGCAAGCGUCGUCGUGUUUAAUUGUAUUACUAGGUGGUGAUCGACUCCCUUCGCGGAGUGAAUGAAACAAAAUUAUGGUUUAAGCUUUCUCGGUGAAUGAAACAAAAUUUUGUUGUUCAAAAAAAAAGGGUUCUAAAUUGUGUACUGCAACAUUUAGGUUUCCAUAUAAGCAACAAAUCUUAAUAUUUUUUUUUCAUUAAGACGCGUUGAAACAAAAAUGAUUACAACAAUACAAAAGGGCAGCUGAUUACUAACAUUUGGAAGAAAAAAAUUAGGACAAAAUCAAAUUGAGUUUUCAUUUGAGAGAAUAUUAUAAAUAUGUAAAUUUCGGAAGAAGAUAUUAUCUUCAUGCAUGGCGUGUGCCUUCCACACAUUUCGUACGGCUCUCUCCGUUUUCCUUUGAUUUGCUUCAUGAUUUCUUUCGAAAAUACUUCACGCAACCAUUUAUUUUCUUUCUUUUGUUUUAUCUAGAAAGAAUAAAAAGCAUCUUAUCACACUUUAGCUUGUAGGAAUUCUACGAAAGUAACAUAUAUGGAAUACGUUGACAAAAACAAGCCAUAUGAAAUUGGAAUCGUCCAUGUCCAUAUGUGAGACGAGUUUGCGAAUAAUAUGAGGGAUAAAAAGACACACGCCAACUUGAAAAGAGGGACAUUCCGUUAAGAGAAUGACACACCAUGCAAACAAUCGUAUUCCAUGUAUGCAUUAGUGCCUCUUGCAUUAACUCAACGGCCAACGUAACUAAUAUAUUUGCCGCAUACAAUCAUAUAUUCCUAUUUGUUCCAAAUAAGGUUUGCUAACAUAUAACGCAAACUUAUGUAAAAAAUAAUACAUUCUUCUGGUUACAAAAGUAAUAGGUCCUUUUGUUACUAAAUAAUCUACAACUAAUUAAACUGUAGCAAUUUGCCGCAUCCAAUCAUAGAUUCCUAUUUGUUCCAAAUAAGGUUUGCUAACAUAUAACGCAAACUUAUGUAAAAAAUCAUAUAGUUACAUUCUUUCUGAUUACAAAAGUAAUAGGUCCGUCUGUUACUAAAUAAUCUACAACUUUUUAAACUGUAGCAAUUUAAUUGAAUUCGAGAUUUAAGUACUGUUUCUCUAUUAGCAUCGGUGGUGGCACUUGGAUCAUGUUAAAUAUGAAUGUUCUUUCUUACAUAUGCUUUUAUCUUUUUUUGUUGAAGCGAAGUCUAUAUCUGUUGUUUUCGUAGGAUUCCAUAGAGCUAAAAAUGAGAUAAAAGUUGUAUUAUUUAUUAUGUAUACAAUACAAAGAGAUGUUGUUGCGUGAAGAAGUUGAGAAAUUCAUGAAGUAUAUCAAAGGAAAAUUAAGGAGAGCCAUAAGAAGUGUGUGGAAGGCACACGCCAAUAAGAUAUUACAUCUUCAAGUGAAAUGGACAUUUGAUAAUUCAGUACUUACUAAAUGUAAGAAGUCUUGCAAUUUAGUUGAUGUUGUCAAUGUUAGUGUUUGAAAGGAAGUAUGUUUGGUCAAGCAACCUGUUUAUAAUCACGGUCUCUCACUAUCAACUCUAUCUUCUCGUUCUACUGAAUUGGGUUGUCCAACUCACAUUUUAUUCUUACUUCUUUUUCAUCAAUAGUUUUGUCUUCAUAUUACAUUACCAAUUUUAUCGUAAUAUCAUUAUCAGAAUAAAUAAAAUGCAUGUGGAAACACCAUAUCUUAUUGGUUAAAAAGUUUAAAAACUUUUACACCCAAAUCUAGGGUUCGAUUCACAUACUAUACAUUUUUUUACAUAUUAUAUGAUGUGAAGCUUAUCAGAGGUUCAAAAGUACUGUAAGCAGAACCGUUCGUUGUGGUCAUCUGCUGCGGAAAGAAUCCGUCUAUCGAAAAUAUUGUACAUGUAUAACCGUUCGUCGAUCUAAAUUUUUCAUGAAGAGUUUCAUCAUGGAAUCUUUAUUUGCAGAACUGUUAAUCAAUAUUGUUGCAGGAACUGUCCGUCGAUCCAAGUGUUUAUGAGAGAGUUUCAUCAUGGAAUCUUUAUCUGCAGAAGUAGUUGAUCAUCAUAUGUAAUACAUUUAAAGAUUAUACGAUGAUGUAAUGGGUUACCCAAUAUUUUAAAAAAAUAUCUACAAAAGAUUGUAAAAGAAAAGCAAAUGUUUAUCACAAAUGAUUUUCACCCAAAAGGAAAACUUUAUAAUGGGCCACACAUGCUUUAAACAAACAUAAUCGUAAGUGGGCUUAAUCCAAUAAAAAUCCCUCCUGCUAAAGCGUCGUCGUUUUAAUUCAAAUACAGCUCUCGGUCUGUGACUGGUUCGAUUACACGACUCCAAAAUCUAGUCCGGUUUAGUGACAAAUCAACUUUUACCGAUUAUUAAAAACCCCGACAAUUCAGAAAAGAAAAGAAACAGUGAACCGAACCCUUCUGUCAUCGUCGUCCUGAGUUCGAGAUUUAAUGGCUGCACAUCCGACGUCAGAGCCGGUCGUGAAUCUCCCACAAGUCGCAGAGCCCUUAGGUGUAACUCUCCUGGUUAGGCAUCUCCCUGAUGGAAUCCCUCAUGAUAUCGUCUCUCGUCUCUUUUCUCAGUACGGAGCUUAUGCGGUUCGUCCUUGCUCCGGUGGAAGAUUGAGGAAUGCUGCAUUUGUGGAUUUCAAGAAUGAAGCUAUUGCUUCUCAAGCACAUCGUCAGUUAAAUGGGUUGAGGUUUCUUGGUAAGGUUCUACAAGUACAGAGAGCUAACAAACCUAGUGAGAAUAAGAAGCCUCGUCUAAAUGAAGAAUCUGUAAAAGAUGGUCAACCGUUCGCAUUCUCAACCGUUAGUGGCAGCAAUAAUGAUUCAAAAUCUGGGGAAGGACUUGCUGGUGAACCGAUCGCUCCAAAACUUGGCAUUAACUAUCCAUUCCCUCCUCACCUGCAAUAUGCUUACCCACCACCGGAUGCAAAUAUAUUAGCCAACAUUACUAAUGCCCUUAUCGCUGUCCCACCUUUAUACACUCAGGUGCUGCAUCUGAUGAACAAAAUGAAUCUUCCACCUCCUUUUCGCCUUGCCUUACCCACACCACCUCUACCUAAACCAGCCCAGCAACCAACUGAGCUGGAUCAUCAAUCUAGUAGCGAGUCAGAGAUGGAGUCUGAUGAGGAUACAGGUGCAUCAAAAGCAAGAAGGAAGCGUGCUAGACAUGAAACUCUUGUUGGUCCUGGUAUAGACAAGGAUGUGACGCAUGAGACUGUUGGAGUGAAGCCUUCAUCUUUGACUCCCAAAGAGAUGCCUCGGAUAAGAAAGAAUAAACAUGUUAUGCAGAUCAAGAUUACCCAAAAAGUUGUUCAAGAAGAACAUAAAGAGGAUAUUGAGCUUGAAGGCCCUGCAGAGGAGGAGCCUAGAGAAGAAGCUUCAACUUUGAAACCCUUUGCAAGUUUAGAGGAGUUGGAGAAUGGAAGGCUACCUCCGCAGGAUAUUCUUUCACUGCCUAUGUUCAAGAACUAUACAGCUGGGAAUCCGUCGCUUGUGCUGUAUAUUAAAAAUCUUGCCAAAGAUGUUAUCACUGAUGAUUUCUAUUACAUAUUUGGAUCACAAUUUGGAAGCAUCGAAGCAGCUAAAUCCAGUCUUGGUGUGAGGCUGAUGCAGGAAGGAAGGAUGAGAGGGCAAGCUUUUUUGACAUUUCCAUCAGUUGAAGUGGCACAUCGUGCUCUGAAUCUUGUAAAUGGUUUUGUGUUCAAAGGAAAACCAAUGAUUAUCCAGUUUGGCAGGAAUCCUGGAUCAGCCAAGCCAAACGAAUGAUGGCUGUGGUUUGGAGAGUGGUUCUUUGAGCUUGUAGAGUUUAUGAUGGUCCUGAAAUGGCUGAGAGGGUUGGUUACUAAGAAGCUGAUGGAGGUGACUAUGUGCUUAUGUCUAACAUCUUUUGUGGUUCUGGGAGAUGUUCAGAUUCUCAUAGAUUUAGGAAACGAUGGAUGUUAGAGGUGUAGCUAAACUUCCACACCAUUCACAAUUAACAAAGCAGAACUUAUAAGAAUCUUCUCUUUAUUUUAAGUCUUGUAAUUAGGACUCCAACCUCCAGUGUGUUGAUCAUAACUUUUUUCUCAUGAAGUGUGGGGGUGCAAUGAGUCGUUAUCAUUA